AUGCAAGCGAUCCCCGAGGUCUUUAUAGUCGUCUAUACCGACUCAUAUUCCUUCUACGAAUGCCUUGUCAAGCUCGGAACCACUAAGGAGAAGCGCUUAAUGAUCGACAUUAUAGCUUUUAAGCAAUCAUACGAGCGCCGAGAGCUUGCAAAGGUCAAAUAG